UUGUUUUUCUUCUUAAACUUUUGUUUGUUUGAUAAGAGAUUCCUAAGUAUGGGUAAACGAAAACACAAACGUGAUGAUAAACAUAUCAGCAAGAAAAUUCGUCGUUUAGUAGAAAAAAGUCUAAGGGAACAUGCCGAACGACGACGCAGGCGCACACGUUCAGAAUCCUUAAAUACAUCUUCUUCAGAAGAUUACCGAUCAGAUGCAGAAUAUUCUGCUGACGAUAGCAGACGUAAUGCGGAUUAUGAAUUAGAAAAUGAGGUGGAUGAUUAUUCAAAUAGACCACAAUCUAUUGUAAGCAAAAUAUCGCAAGACCAAUCGCUACAGCCAGUAGAAGAUGCUAACAUACCAGAAGUUAUUACGCCUUCUGAAACACAACCGACUAACUUCGAGACCCUCAAUCAGAGCCAACCAUCGACAUCCGAUGUGCCACAAGAAAUACUUUCGGUUCUUGGCGUAGCCAAAAUAUCAGAACGACCUCUAGGAGAAAAAAUCCCUAGUGAGAUCUCUGAACGCUGGGGUAAUAUUUUACUAGACGGCUUGACAAAAGAGCACAAAGUCACAUUGAUUGAAAAGAUGCUUGUCCCAGAGAACUUUACUUUGGCGCAUGCCCCGAAAUUAAACCCUGAUGUGGCUGCAGUUUUAUCCGAAGCUGCAAAAAAUCGAGAUAAAAGACUCGAAAAAUCUCAGAACCAACUUGGAUCCGGUCUAGCUGGCUUGGUAAACCUCACGAAGGACCUUAUUAACACGGAUUUGGAAAAACUUGAAACCAUAAAAAGGAUUUCAGAAAUAGCGCAAGUUCUAUUAGAUCUACAUCAUGAUGAAACCAAUAAUCGUCGUAAAUUGAUAGUACCGCUAUUAGAUAAAAGAUUCUGGAGUACCAUACAAGGAGUUAAAAGAGACUCCUUUUUGUUCGGGGAAAGAUUAAGUGAAAGUAUUAAAAAUACAAAAGAUAUCGAGAGAUCUAGCCAACAAAUUAAAAAAUCCGCUCCGCCCCAGCAAUCGUUUCAACGUAAAAAUACAACAUUCUCGGGAAACUACCGAGCCCCUCCUCGACUGCCGGCCAAUGCGAAGCCAGCACCCAAGUACCACGAGUCACAGACGUCGACCUCGACGAGGAGGGCCACCACCAACCAGCCGCGCGGCCGGGGUGCUCAUUCCGGUCGAAUGCAGGACCGCCGUCGCAAAUAG